UAAUUAAUUAAAUACUAAGUUAGACAUUAUGAUGUGGAAACUCCCAACUCUCAAAACCUGGAGAUCUUUUUUCUGAUAUCACUUUUAAAAUUUUUUUUUUUUUUUUUUUUUGCUCGGGAUAAUAUCUUGUUGCUGAAUGGUCAGUCAGCAGAGGUGUGUGUACAUGUGGUUUUAUGUAUUUAUUUAUUUGUUUGUUUGUUUGUUGGGGGGUCAUUAUUCAGACGUUUAAGCCCUGCUGUUCUUAGUCCCUCAUUUCUAUCCUCCCAUCUGUAUCCGUGUAUCAAUAUUCCAAGGUUCAGUUUUAUCCUGUUGCAUCAGUUACCACUGUAAAAUGAAAACCACAGGCCCAAAAUAGGCAUCACUUGGGCCGGGCUGAGUCACCAAACUGGGGCUUAAUAUCUAACCUAACUGCAGAUUCAACCUCCCCCAGAAAUAGGUCUUAACCUGUCAAUCAGAAAUUUUCUGAACAGCACCAAUGAUGUAAUUUGUCACACAGGCCCUCUCCAUUCCUCAAAGGAAAAUUAAAUAAUCCACUUGAAAAGGUCCCCUUUCCUUCUUCAGGGAGGGCAACUUAGCCUGAAACGAUCCUUUGUUCUCUUUUGCUAAUAACUUUCCUGCCCCAUUCUCCUUUCUUUUCAUUUUUUUUAAAAAUUGAAGUAUAGUUAAUAUGCAAUGUUACAUGAGUUUCAGGUGUACAACAUAGUGAAUCACCAGUUCUAUCCAUUAUAAUAUGCUCACCACAAGUGUGGCUACCAUCGAUUCUCAUACAAUGCUAUUGUGAUAUCAUUGACUGUAUUCUCUAUGCUGUGCCUUUUAUUCCUAUAAUUUAUUCAUUCUGUAAUAGGAAGCCUCUAUCUCCCAUUCCCUAUACCCAUUAUGCCCAUCCCUAUCCCAUCCUCCUUUCCAUAGAAAGCUUCCAUUCUGUAAAACUCCUUGAAACUCCCCUUUACUAGGUAGAUGGGAUGCUGCCCAAUUCAUGAAUCACUUAAUAAAGCCAAUCACAUCUUCAGAUUUACUCAGCUGAAUCUUAACACCACUCGUCUUCCAUCCAUAUUCCACCUUGCAGAAUUUUGUUGAAAUCUCUCACCCUCUGAUGGAUUCUCCUGCUCUUGUUAUGGGUUUAUAUGUUCUUUUUAUUCCUUUGCCAUCAUUUUGGUGGAGUCUUGAGGAAAGGAGAUAAAUAAACGUACUCAAUUUACCACCUUUAAGCAGACUGCUUAAUUUCAAGUGUUUGUGUUACAAACUCCCCUCCUAUCCCUGCAUAUUUGGCCUUGUGAAUCAUUGUAAUUUUCUAGAAGAAUAGAGAAGUGUUUCUGCAUAUUAUGGGAGUAAGGUUCACAUAUCCUUGGGUGGGUUAAAGUGUCCUACUGAAUAAUCUGGACUGGUGAAGAGAACUAAAGAUACUUCAGGCGCUGAGAUAAACUCUCCCUUCAUGACUUCAGAACUCUGGUUACUCAUUUACAACUGGGAUAAGAUAAAUGUUCAGUAUAAUAAUUAGAGAAGUUCUAUAAACCACUUGUAACAUUAAGUUUUUAUUCUACUACCAAACCAUGUUCCCGUAAACCUUUGGUUACCUCUAAAUUUCCAGUAUCUGGAAGAGAACAAGCUGUGGCAUCACCCACCCAGCCCCUCCUACACCCUACUCACUCACAAAGAAUUUCCCCUUUGAGCCACUGUAACACUGGCUGCUGACUCAUACCAGAUUCCUUAGGAUUGGCUGGGACUGCAAAUAAAACAUUGUUUGCCUAUAAUGAGGUCAAUAAGCUGCAACAUAAAGGCACACAGAUUCCCAGUGGUAAAACAGAACAUGAAGCGUUUGCUAUCUUCUUUCCUCUUAUUAUUUUCAGUCAAGACCUAGAGAGCAAACAUUCAACCUGGCCAAAAGAAAAGGUCUUUGAAGGGAGGAAAAAAAAAAAAAAACACCCUAAAAUGGGUCUACUGAGUUCUAAAAACCCCAAAACCAAACAAGCCCGGAUUCUUCUUCUGGGACUUGACUCAGCCGGGAAGUCUACACUCCUUUACAAAUUAAAGUUUGCUAAGGAUAUUACUACCGUCCCAACAAUAGGUUUCAACGUGGAGAUGAUCGAGUUGGAAAAGAGUUUUUCACUCACAGUCUGGGAUGUUGGAGGACAGGAGAAAAUGAGAACUGUGUGGGAGUAUUACUGUGAGAACACCGAUGGGCUGAUGUAUGUUGUGGAUAGUACGGACAAGCAGCGACUGGAAGACUCCAGGAGAGAGCUAAAGCACAUUUUGAAGAAUGAACACAUUAAAAAUGUGCCUGUUGUCCUGUUAGCCAACAAACAGGAUGUGCCUGGAGCUCUGACUGCCGAGGACAUCACCAGAAUGUUCAGAGUGAAGCAGCUCUGCAGUGACCGGAACUGGUAUGUACAGCCCUGCUGUGCCAUCACUGGGGAUGGACUGAUGGAUGGGUUCAGGAAACUGACUGAAUUUGUGAAAAGCCAUGUGAAAUCAAGAGGAGACACUUUAGCAUUCUUUAGGUAGAACUGAGAUCCAAGCAGUGACAUACUGGUGAAGUUGAAAGGGUAACUUUUUUCCGAUGCCAAAUGAGAAAAGCAAGUUGCUGAGUUAGCAAACUUGUCCUAAGAUGUUAUUUCACCUAAAUUCAGCUAAAACAUAGAAUAAUAUCUAGACAAUAUUAUUUUUGGCCAGGCACUUUAGUAAACUAUGUGGUAAUGAUAGUUGAGAAUGAAAAUUUUAUAAUUUUGUAUAUGUUGGAUUUAUGUAUGAAUCAGAAUAAUCGUGUUUGGGACCAAAUAAAUUAUUGCUUUAUUGUUUUUAUAUGACAACUAGAACAAAGUUUAAGUAAACUGCUUAGAGGGUCAGAAUUCUUUCA